AUGUCCUACGAAAUGUCGACCCGCCAUGCGACGCGAAUAGGCACAAAACCAUUCAACCACAGCCAAUCCGAAGCAGCUGAACGAGAAUACGACCGACUCCGGGACCUCGCCAGACAAGAAGCAGCCAAACGCGCCUCCUGCUCCGCCCGCUCCCAAGAAGCAUACCAACGCGGUGAUGGCGCGGCAGCACAUGCGCUGUCGGAAGAGGCCAAGGCCCAUGGUCGCAAGAUGGAAGAGUACAACAGACAAGCAUCGGAAUUCAUCUUUCGAGAAAACAAUGCUCCCGGAAGAGUCCCCGCCGACACGAUCGAUCUGCACGGCCAAUUUGUCGAGGAAGCCGAAGACAUCCUGGAAGAGCGGAUCCGGUAUGCUCGAGCGCACGGCGACAAACAUCUCCAUGUCAUCGUGGGCAAAGGGAACCAUAGUACUGGACAUGUCCAGAAACUCAAGCCUCGGGUCGAACAAGUCUGUCAGGAGCUGGGGCUGCAGUAUCGCACCGAACCGAACGAGGGCAGAAUCUAUGUUGACUUGACCGGUGGUGCUGUAGAUAUGCAGAAUGCGAAUAAUUGGGCGGGAUAUCAAUCACAGCAACAACCGCAAACAUAUUCAGGCAUGGCCGGCCAUCAGCAACAACAGGGUUACGGGCAUCAACAGUCGUAUCAACAGCAUCCUUCGCGGCCUCAUCAGCAGCAACAACACCAACAAGGUCAUGGACAGGGCCAGACUGAUCAAGUGGAAAAGCUGGUCAAGAAGUUUCUUCCGCGGCUCAUUGACAGGCUUCUCAGGUGGCUUUGCCAUUGA